AUGCCCACUACCACCCCUGUCGAAAUUCCCGACGACCCCCCACUUGUCCCGGAAGGAGACGGCGGACUCCUGGUCGUCGGCGUUGAAGGAGUCGUCCUUGAUGGGGGAGGCGGCGUAGUACUCGUUGGCGGAGUGGGUCUCGACGACGGAGGUGGCGGAGAUGAUGAAGGGGGCGAGGGAGGGGGCGGUGAGGAAGAUGGUGGUGAUGAGUCUGAUGGUGGUGGUGGUGGUGGUGUUGAUGCGGGUGCUGGGACAGAUGGGGUUGAUGGAGGCGGUGGAGAAGAGGGUGGAGGAGCUGAAGGAGUUGGAGGAGGAGGGGUUAAUGGCGGAGAUGGGGGUGGAGUGGUGGUCGAAGGAGGAGGAGCCGUAGCAUUUGACGGCGGCGACGUGGGAGUCGGAGCUGACAUUUUGACAGAAUAG